GACAAGGCGAUGACGUGGACGGUGGGGUUGGCCGUUGCUGCGGCCAUCACCGCGUCGUGCGCGGGUGACGACAGCCUGCGCUGGGGUACCUACCACUCGGGUCUCUACUUUGGCGUCCGAUCGCGGACGCAUCCGACGCACGUCAGCGCGGGACUCCUCUGGACAUCGGCCAACGAGGACGUGAGCCAGCUCAAGCACGAGUGCUCGGAGCGCGAUCGGCUCGAGUCCUAUGGCUGGACCAAGCACAAUGGGCGAUCGUUCGGCCAGCAGACGAUUCGCGACCGGCUCAACCGCAUGGCCAUCGAGACGACAUUCCUCAAGCCGCCGGCGCACGACGGCAGCGUCGCAACCAAGUCGUGGGCCUCGCGCAUCACGGUCGCGCCUCUCUACGCCGAGAAGGGCCUUCCGGAGCUCGCGUCGCUUUUCUUCUACCUCGACGUCGGUUGCGGCGACGACCAGAUUGGCCACGCCUGCCGCGACGAGGUGCUCCAGCACCUGCAGUGGACCAUCGACGAGCCGUCGCCGUGUGUCGAGCCCAUGACGUCGAACGACGUCACGUGCCUUGAGCUCAGUGUCCGCGCCGAGCACGCAACCGAUGCGACCUUGAACUUUGCGACGCGCGUCCAGGCGCAUGUGACAGGCGACGUGCCGAGUUUGCACUUUUGGGGUGACGCCGGCGUCAACGUCGUGAACGUCAAGGACCGCCUCGUGCAGCUGGCGGCGCGGACACCUGGCGGCGAUAUGGCGAUCGUCUUGCCCGACGACGUCGACGACGAGAGCUCGAUCGUCGUGUUGCAGCUGCGCUACGAUCCUCGCCGCACCUCGGACGUUGCGCUGCACAUUGUCUACAACGAAGCGACCGACGACGACGAUCUGUUGCAGUCGACGCCUAUUGCUGUGUACAAUGAUGUCAUUGACGACUACAGCGCACAGUUUGGACGCCAUUUUGAAGCUACGUUUGGCCUCGCGGCGACUUCGGGCGAUGCCAAGCAGAUCGCGCUCGCCGAAGCGGCGUUCAGCAGCCUCAUUGGUGGCAUUGGCUACUUUUACGGCAGCAUCUACCUCGAAGACCACGACCGCAUUGAUGAGACCGCGCCGCUUCCGCUCUACUCGGCGGUGCCGUCGCGCUCGUUCUUUCCCCGAGGCUUUCUCUGGGACGAAGGGUUCCACCAGCUCGGUAUAGUUCACUUUGAUCCUGUGAUCAGCAUGGACGUCCUCUCUCACUGGCUGCAUACGAUGGACGACCGGGGCUACAUGGCCCGCGAGCAGAUUCGCGGGCACUUGGCGCAGAAGCGCGUGCCGUCCGAGUUUCUCGUGCAGCACGCAAGUCAUGCCAACCCCCCGACGCUACUCCUCGCGAUCGAAAAGCUCGCGCACCUCGAGCGCGCGCGGCCAUGGCUGCUCGCGCAUUGGCCCAAGCUCAUCCAAUGGUUCCAGUGGUUCCAGACGACACAAUCGGGCGACGUCAACCAUACGUUUCGAUGGCGCGGCCGCCACAACGACGGUCGUCUCAUGCCCAACACGCUCGCAUCCGGCUUGGACGACUACCCGCGGGCGUCGUCGCCAUCCGACGACGAGCGCCACGUCGAUUUGCUCGCAUGGAUGGCCAAGGCGGCGUCGGUGUUGGCUACUGUAGCAACUGCCAUCGGCCACGACGGCAGCACGUACACGGCGUUGCAUGCAACGUACCUGGAGGCGCUUGAUACCUACCACUGGUCAAAUGGCCUCUACCUCGACUAUGGCCUGCACAGUGCGGACGGCCACUUUGAAGACCACAUUGUGAUUCGAUGUGCGACGGUCGACGGCGCGGGUAUCGAUGCAACGGCGUCGGCGCGGCAACUGCAACGGGGCGACGGCUCGGACGUGUGUCCGGCGUCGCAUCCGCGGUUCCUGUAUCCGCUCGGCGACGGCGCCGGUGGGUUGCUCAAGAAGCAGAUUUUUGUGCCGAAAACUUUGCGCCUACAGUUUGUCGAGCACAUUGGCUACGUGACGUUCUUUCCGGUGUUUCUCAAAUUGCUGCCGCUCGACUCGCCCAAGCUGCGCCCGCUUCUUGCAAAGCUCGAGACGCACCUCUUGACGCCGCAUGGGCUCCGGUCGCUCUCACCGUAUGAUGUGUACUACGACCGCCCGAACGCGCCGGGCGACGCUCCGUACUGGCGCGGUGCCAUCUGGAUGAACCUCAACUACCUCGCGCUCGAGAGCUUUUCGUUCUAUGCGGCCGAAGCAAGUGACGUGAGCACCCGGGCAGCGUUUGCAGACGUGUACGCCCGGCUUCGAACCGCGGUCGUGAGUACGAUUCUGGCCGAGUACGAGCGCACGGGCUACUUUCACGAGCAGUACAACGACGUCUCGGGGAAGGGCCAGCGCUGCCACCCGUUCACGGGCUGGACCGCCCUCGUCACCAACAUCCUCGCCGAGCGCUACUGAUCGAUACGACGCACAUCGCGGGAUUGAAAAAAUACUCGCAUCGACUAUAACAUGUAUUGAUUCAAAUGGUCUUGCCUGA